GGGGGGCGUGUCCUGUCCGGGAAGUGUUGUUCAGGCUUUUAGUCUGAAAGCUUUCUGCACCUUUACCGCCACCAGCACAGACAUACGACUUCUGAUUAAUACUCGCUGCAGUACGAGUGAUCAUGGCUGUAUUUGAGGGCUGCUCUGUGGUUCUGGACCUGAAGAAACUCCCCUAUAAAGAGAAGAAGAGACUGAUGUCAGCUAUAAUAGAUUAUGGAGGAAACAUUUCAUACGUAGUCAACCAAAAGUGUUCUUUUGUGGUGACGAGCAGCCUGGAGGACCUCAGCAGUAACAGAUUAAGAAGUGCCCAGAAGCACCAGAUCCCUGUGGUUGGGCUGCAGUUUGUGUGGAGCAGCCUGGAGAAAGGACUCCUCCUGCCUGCAGAAGAGCACGGCUUAAAGCCAGAGCCGUCCGAUGUCACACACCCACCACCGCCACACCCAGGUAUGAAGUUGUCCACCCUGUUUCCAGCUGAACUGAAGUCCAGUAAUCAGAUAUCAACCAGAUUAUGCAAGGAAAAUGAUCUUGAUGUACCGGAAUUUCCUUUGCAUUUCCAAGUUGCUAAAUAUACCAUUUUUCACAAGGCUGCAUCUAAGGUUUGGUCAGUCCUGGAGCUUCAGAGUGCAAGAGGAGAGAAAGGACAGCAGUAUCGUAUUGUGAAGUCUGUCUUGCAUGAGACGGUGAAAACUGCAGAAAAGGAUAAGCAGCUGCAGAGCUCCAGCUCUGAAGAAGCUGUGGAGGUGUACCUGAUAUGGCGUGAAGAGCUCAUUGGAAAAGGUUUUACACAGAAGCAAACUCUUCCUCCAGUUGCUGAAAAGCUGGCUUCCCGUGGCCUGCAGCAGCUUUUGUUGGAGGAGAAGUUGAACUGCAGUACAGUCACACAGGAAGUGGGCACCUUUGUGGAACUGAUCUGGACAGAAGCCCUUGGGUCACUCAACAGCAUUCUGACUGUUCCUGUCUCCAGCAUCAGUCUUAACGAUGUCAGCAGAGUGGAGGGUUUGCUGCUGCAGGCACAGAAGCGUGAGGGGGAGGUUGAGGUGAAGGCUCUGCUGGACGAGGUUAAGACCCUGUUACCGCUUGUAAUGGUGGACCCUGACUCAAAACAAAAGCUUAUAUCUCAGAAACUGGACCUAUGUCAGCUGAUCCGAGAUAUUCUGAAUAUGAGUGAGGCGACGUUGGGAAACCCCUCUCCAUCCUCUCUGGGCAAGUAUCGUGCACUCAGGUGCAGUAUUGACCAGGUGCCGCCCCAAAGCCCAGAGUUUCAGUCUGUCUCACAGCUUUUGCAGGAUAGGCCAGUCAAAAUUCAGCAGAUACUGCGUGUGAGCAGAGGGGCGGAGGUACAUAUGUUUAAAGAGGAAAUAGGCAACAUUAAGCCCCUCCUCCAUUCAUCUCGCCCCAGCAGUUUUAUGGGAAUCCUGUCACGGGGCCUGAUGCUGCCCAGGGUUGGAGUAGAACAGCAUGGGAUUGAAAGAACAGACGUUGGGAAUCUGGGAAGUGGAAUCUACUUCAGUGACUCCCUGUGCACUUCUAUCAAAUACUCCAAACCCAGUGAGAUGGAUGGCUCCCGGCUGCUGCUGGUGUGUGAUGUUGCUCUGGGUCAGUGUAAGGACCUGCACUGGAGAGACAUCACUCUGACCAGAGCUCCUGAGGGCUACAGCAGCGUGCAUGGAGUUCAACAAACCCAAAAUACACACACUGACUUUGAGGAUGAUGAAUAUGUGGUGUAUAACACAGACCAGGUCAGGAUAAAAUAUGUAGUUCGGUAUACUCUGGAGGAGGACCAGAUGAAGAGCUUUCAGCCUCAUGUUGACACGUCUGUAGAGCUCGUAAACUCUACCGUAAGCGCUGAACUCUUGUCCAUUGAUGACACAGAGAGUUUGGAAAUGACAAAGAACCCUCUGGAGGAGGUCACUGCUGGUUUGUUGGACAGCAGUGGUCAGACACUCCCACUACAGGCUGUCCAUGUGAGGUGUAAGCUGAUGGACCUCUUGUCUCAGGUUAUCAUUUUCCAGACGUACACCAACAACAGCACAGUCCCCAUUGAGGCAAAGUACGUCUUUCCUUUAGAAGAGACAGCUGCAGUGUGUGGCUUUGAGGCCUUCAUUAAUGGAAAGCAUGUUAUUGGAAAGGUUAAAGAGAAGGAGCAGGCUCGUAAAGAAUACAGGCAGGCUAUUGAGAAAGGCCAUGGAGCGUACCUGAUGGACCAGGAUGCACCUGAUGUCUUCACCAUCAGCGUGGGAAAUCUCCCCCCUGGUGCCACAGUGCUGAUCAAAGUGACCUUCGUCACUGAGCUGGUUGUGAGAGCAGGCAGCAUCCUCUUCUCUCUGCCAGGCAGUGUAGCACCAUGGCAGCAAAGUGCUGCUCUCAAUCAGAGAACCCAGAUGUCUGUUGAGAAGGUGUGCGUAAAUGAGCUCCAGCCAUCAGGGGAGUUUUCUCUGAGCAUGUCCAUUGAGAUGCCAUAUGAGAUCAAAGAUCUUGAGUGUUCCCAUCGUAUUCAAAUAAAGAGGACAGACUGUAAGGCCGUAGUCAGCACAAAGCCAGAGCAGACUCUAAACACUGAUGGCUUUCAGCUCAGCUUCACUCUGUCUCAGAUUCACAUGCCCAGGAUGUGGGUGGAGAAGCAUCCAGAUAAAGAUAGUGAGGCCUGCAUGUUGGUGUUUUAUCCAGACUUUGAGUCCACUGGUGUUUCUAGUGUGAGUGAUGUGGUCAUUCUACUGGACACAUCAGAGUCCAUGAGAGGAGAGGCCACGCUGAACGCACGCAGACUCGCUAUAAAGGUUCUCAACUCACUGGAUCGUUCACUCCGCGUCAACAUCAUCUCCUUUGGAACAGAUUACAAAGAGGCCUUCCCCUCAGCAAGUGUUCUAGACAACAAGGAUGUGUUUAAAUCAGCCAAGACGUUUAUCAUGUCCUCUCCUGCUGUUGGUGGUAGCACUGAGCUGUGGAGGCCUCUGCGUAGCCUGAAUCUGCUGCCUCCAUCGCAUGGUGUAAGGAAUGUGCUGCUGGUCUCUGAUGGGCAUGUGCAGAACCAACCACAGACCCUGCAGAUGGUGCGAGAAAACGCCCGCCACACACGCCUCUUCACCUGCGGCCUCAGCCCAACAGCUAAUCGGCACAUGCUGAGAGCUCUGGCUCAGGCAGGUGGAGGGGCAUUUGAGUUUUUUGACACCAAGAAAAAACACAUCUGGUCUGAGAAGGUGAACUCUCAGGUGAAGUGCAUGGCAUCUCCAGGCUGUAGCUCAGUGGCAGUGAAGUGGCAGCAGUUCAGUCCUACAGCGCCCUCUCCUGUUCAAGCCCCCUCCCAGCUCCAUGCUCUCUUCAGUGACUGUCACACUCUGGUCUACGGCUUUGUUCCGCACUGCACUCAGGCUACUCUGUUUGGUGAUCUAAGUGGACAAGAAAUUAAGACAAUGGUUUCCACCACAGAACUGCAGAAGACUAGAGGAACAUUUCUUCACAAACUGACAGCAAGAGCGAUCAUCAGAGACUAUGAGGAUGGCAGUCUUGGCUCUAGCGAAGCAGAACAUGAAGGGAAGAAAGCCGAGCUGAAGUCCUACAUCAUCGAGCUCAGUAAAGAGUUCUCUAUCCUGUCUCAGUUCACCAGCUUUGUUGCCAUUGAGGAAAGGGACAAGGAUCAGCCUGAUUCUGGAAUCACUGAUGUCCCAAAGAUAAUUGCAGAGGAGGAUGUUGACAUCUUGCCGUACAUGGGCUGGACUGAAGAAGAGGACAUGAUUGUGGACAAUGGGGAGGAGUGGGGUUAUGCGUUCGAUGAAGAAGAAUACGAAGAAGAAGAUUAUGAUGAAGUAGAAUCAGACAUUGACGCACCUCCAGAUGAGGCAGACUUUUGUGUUGCAUUUUAUGAACCUGUCUGCUCUCCUGCAUAUGCUCCCACCUCCCCUUCUGCAAGUAGUAUAGAGGACAAUGCGUAUGCCCCAAGACGUAAGAUACAAUCUAAGAUAUGUAAGAAAGCAGCAUCAAUACAGUUAGAGCAAACCACCUCUCAAAUAUCAGAUAUCCGUAAGUCCUCCUUAGUUCAGGAAAAUCCAGAGUUUGAGGUCUUGUGUUACCGUGAGCCAGUUAAAGCUACCCCUUCUGUUACUCCUGCAGCUGCUGCUGUUAAUAUGCCAUUCAAAUUUGGAGAGAAGCUUGUAUGUUCUGAUGCCCUUCCUCAAUCCCGCCAGGCAGUUCCUCACCUUCCUCCUGGUGCUCCUCCCACUCAGUCUUUUGUUCCUUUUCUAACUGCUGCUUCUCCUCUUCCUCCUCCUGCCACCACCCAACCCAUUUCCAAUUUAUUUGGAUCCGUUGCCACUGCUUCUUCUGGUCUUUUUGGCCCCACUUCUCGUUCUGCUUCCUCUUUCGCUCCUCCUCCUCCUCCUCCUGUCACCCAACCCAUUCCUGAAUUAGAGUCCUAUACCAGCUCUGAUUCUGGUCUUCGACACGACCUUCCUCCAUCUAUUUCAUUUUUCGCUCCUCCUCCUCCUGCCACCACCCAACACAUUUCCAAUUUAUUUGGAUGCGUUGCCACUGCUCGUUCUGUACUUUUUGGCUCCACUUCUCGUUCUGCUCCUCUUCCUCCUGUCAACCAACCCAUUCCUGAAUUAGAGUCUUUUACCACCUCUGAUUUUGGUCUUCGAAAUGACCUUUUUCCCUCUUUUUCAUUAUUUGCUCCUUCUCCUCCUCCUCCUCCUCCUCUUGCCACCACCCAACCCAUUUCCAAUGUAUUUGGAUCCGUUGCCACUGCUCCUUCUGCUCUUUUUGGCUCCACUUCUUAUUCUGUUUCCUUUGCUCCUCCUCCUCCUGUCACCCAACCCAUUCCUGAAUUAGAGUCCUUUCCCACCUCUGAUUCUGGUCUUUGCCACGACCAUCCUCCCCCUGUUUCAUCUUUUGCCUCUCCUCCCAUUUUGCCUCCUAUCUUGCCCAAACCUUCUGCUGUCACACCACAGUUUUCUCUUCCUCCCGCUGUCAUAUGUCGCAAGUCUUCUUCUCUACUCAAAACUCCUGAUGCUGCCAUCACUCCCACUCCCCCUGAUCAAUGGAAAGAAGCUGUACAUGAUAUAUAUUCUAAAUUAUCUGAACGCCACCGUUUUGCCCCCAUGCAUUCUCUUCCUGCAUCUUCCAUUCUCGCUGCGGAGGGUUCUGUUGAUGCACCACUUUUGCCAGAAAGAAUGUCACGUCUAUCAAGGCAUCAAGAUGCAGAUACCUCUGCUGGUUUUGGAGUUUUUUCAGGAGGUCGUUGUGGGGGUCGCCGUCGUAGACGUAAUUUAGUUGACCAAAGUGAAGCUGAAUUUUCAUAUAUUUCACAUGUACAAUGUGGGAGUAUGGAAUACCGACCAACGAGGUUCAGUUUGAGAGAACGAUUAAGAAGUCCAGACGGGAUCAACUGGGAGGAGCUGUUUACACUUCAGCAUCAGGACGGCUACUGGGAAUGUACCAGGAGUCUGAGUAGAUUCCUUGGCCUGGAUAUAGACUUCUUCGCCAACGUCUUCCUGAAGGAGAAAGGCAUUUGCUCUUUGGGUGUGAAGGCUCAUGCUGACAUCCUGAAGCUGGUGGCCACACUGCUGGUGCUGCAGCUGAUGCGAGUGAAGAAGAUGGUGGAUGUGGAGCUGUUUCAGUCUCUCUUCCGCCUCUCUGAAUCUCCUGAGCCCAGGCCAGCCUGCUAUGAUGCAGUGAAGAAGGCAGUGGACUGGGUCUGCUGGGCAGACAGACAGUAUCCGUGUGUGUGCAGCAGACUGGAGUUCGGCCUUAACUGGGAGUCCUGCACACGGCAGCUGCUAGGACUGGACUCCCUGCCUCCCUGCUCCCCUCUGAUCCCUGUCCUGCAGAGGAGCACAGGAAUAUCAGUCAUGUAGAACACAGCACAUUCAUGACUUAGCUUCAGUGGAACUAUAUAUAUAAAAAAGCUAGAGUUACAUAAAUAUUAAGAGCAGUAAUAGUCAACUAGGUUUUACUUAUGUGGUACAUUUAAAGGUGCUGUAUAUGAUUCUGGAGAAUAGCUGUUGAUAUUUGAGCUCAACAUCAAAGCAAACACACCCUCCCUUUAGUGACAAAUAUUGUAUGAUCAAAUAACAUAAUAUAAUUUUAAGUUAGCUUUAGCAAACUGUUGCUACAAUUACUGCUUCUAAGCAAAUCAGAUUAUCUGUCAAACAUUCUCAAACAAGAAAAAAACAAUACUGACACACACAAGACAAUACUAUUUCUUAACACUGUUAAGAAAUUGUCAGGCAGAAAUAGAGUACUUUUUGAGUGUAAAAUAAAAAGAUACUAAUGUUCACAUAUGUCUGAUCCAAGAACUUUUUUUAACCAGAUACAGUCUCCCCUUGCUCCCCCAUCCUGUGCACUAGUAUAAACGCUCUCUGUUGCUGAAUGGCUGGAGUGGUGUUGUGUUUCCCAUUACACACCACUUUGUUUGUUUCCCAUUUAAGGUUAGAGCUACCAAACUAUGAGGAAAUCAUAUACAGCACCUUUAAAAGUGUACAUAGAAUGCACAACUGCUAAUUGGAUACAACUGAAUUCAUAGGUAUUCAACAAAAGACAACAGUAGGAAUGCAAGACAGACUCAUUGCUUGCUGUUAAAAAGUGAAAUACAAGAAUAUUCUAAGGAAUGGCGCCCUCUGAUGGACAGAUGUUAUAAAAAAUAGGAAAAAAAAGUGAAAUACAGUAUAAUGCAACACAAAUGCUAAGCGAAACUAGCACAGUUUAUCUAACCAAUAUCAAUUAAACAGAAUGUUUUAAUUGAGAUUUGAAAGAUGAGAUGAGAGAAAGAGGAAAUGUGGAGUAUCUGUAGGAUUUUAUGUGCCAUCAAUGACCUUGCCAAAUGUGGAAGAGAUAAGAUAAUAGCACCUUUCGUAACAGACAUUUUGCAUAUUUGUCUGUGAUAUGGCAGGAUCACACUGAUGUAUUUGUUUGUUUUGCAUGAGUGAACAGACCAUUUGUUGUAUUUGUGGUGACCCCACAGAAGUUUAGCACCUGCAAUGAUUUUAUCACAUCGUUGAUUUGUUUUAUGUGUAAACGCCACUGGUGCGUAAACAUAUAGCCCAGGAGUCAGAUCCAGACUAAUAAAGGUUUUAACAUGAGUUUAAAACCAUAAGCUCUUUUACAAUUUAA